AUGUGGAGACAUCAGAGACAAUCAGAGACAACCCUGAUAUUUAUUUCUAAAGCUGGAGUAGAAUCUGCUGAUAUCAGCAUUAAACCAGAAGAAACCACUUUAUCUGUAACUGAAGGCAGCAACAUCACACUGUCCUGCACAUAUACUGGAUCAGUUUACAGUCUUCACUGGUAUCAACAAAAACCUGGAUCAAGACCAGAGUUUCUGCUGCUGAUUGAUGAAAGAAUUGAACGUGUCACAGAAGCUCAACCACCUCAUCCACGUGACUCCAUGGCAGAUUCAAUAGAUCCACUUUAUACUCAUAAAGCUGUAGAUGAAGGUGAUAAUGUUACUCUGUCCUGCAGAUAUGAAAUCACUGCUAAAACCUUCAUCAUGUUCACUGUUAUAUUCAUGUGUCUGUGGCUUUCACUAGGUGACUCCAUGGCAGAUUCAAUAAAGCCACUUUUCACUCAUGAAUUUGUAGAUGAAGGUGAUGAUGUUACUCUGUCCUGUAAAUACGAAACAAGUAAUACAGGCACCGUCCUACACUGGUACAGACAACAUCCAAAAUCUAAACCUGUGUUCCUUCUUUACACUGAUCUGUUUGGGGGAAAAACUAAGCCCAUGCCACCACGUCUGGAUGCUGAAGUUAAUAAAACUAAUAAAGAAGUGGAUCUGAUCAUCUCCUCUGCUGCUGUAUCAGACUCUGCUCUAUACUACUGUAUGUUUCCUCCACCAACCUAA